UUUACUCGCUUGGAUCACGGAGAAGGAGGGCAUAUUCCCAGUGAUGAUUGUUAUACCAUGAUUAUCAAAGUACAGCAUAAUAAUCGGAAGAAGUAUAUAAAAUUGCAAGAUGGCAACUUUGAAGCAUUCCUUUCUGAAGUGAGAGAGAAGUUCUCCAUCCAUGCAGACAGCAUAACAGUGGAAGAUGACUCUGGCACUGAAGUGGAUGACUCUGUGUUUGCAGAACUGUCCAUGGUUGAUGGGAUUUGCUUUGUCAUCAAGGAAUAUUCUGAAGAUGACACAAGCACAUCACAGACACCACCAUCCACAUCAUGGUCUUCUUCCAGCAGGAGUAUGCUUUGUGUGUCUAGCGGCAGCAGUGAUUGUGAAAUGUCAAGACCUCAAAAGCAAAUCAGAAUGGAUGAAGAAGCUAUUGAAAGUUCUUCUGCUAAAGAGUUGGUAAAGCAGAUUCUGGUCACAAAACCUGGAGGGGCAGCUGUCCUCGAAGAAUAUGAAGAAACCGGGACACUGAGUGAUAGUAGGAGAAGGCAGAUGAUUAACAUGCUUGCAGCACACAUGGUUGAGGCUGAAGGGAGAAUCCCUCAGCAUCAAACCAAAGAGAAAUAUGCACUGGGGAUCAUUACCUUGUUUCCUGCAUUGAAGGAUCCACUUUCCAGAAAAGGAUAUGAACAUUACUAUGACAGCCAAAGUGGCUCUGGAUUUCUUGCAUGGCGGCUAAAGACAAUCCAGAGAAAGACAAAACUUGUGAAUAAGGAACCAAAAAUACAGACACCUGGAGGAGGUGGUCCAAGACAAGAGAGAGAACUGCCUCAGGCCAAUUCUCACUUGGAUCAGAAGUGUUGUAAAGCAGCCGUAUCCCUAAUGAACCACACUAACGACCACGAAAUCAUCUUGCAGAAGAUGAAGGAAACCUUUGAGUACAGACGCCAUCUUGUUCAAGAUCCAAAUGAAUCGCACAACAUACUUUCAGUGUUUCCAAGGUUUCUUGACACAAAAGGGCUGAUACUGCAAGAUUUUACACUGCUCUUUGGACCAGAGAAGUCGACUAAACUGCUGGAGAAGUGGCAUACAUCCUUCAAAGGAAAGGUGGUACGAGAAGCCGAGGGCCUGACAGCCACCCCAUUACUCAACAGUUUGCUCAGGUCUGCCAGGAACCAGGAUGUAGAGGAGUCAUUGGACUACCAACCAGAGUGGGACAGUGACAUGGCAUCAUUUCUGCUCCUGCUGCAUAUUCUGCCACCUCAGCCUGCAAAGAAAAAAAUGCUGAAGAUCAGUGCUGCUCAGGCUAUCGACCAUCUUGUUGUGUUUCACAAGUCAUGUAAGAGCAUUGAUGAGCACCUUGUGCGUCAGGAAAGACAGUGCCAGCCAUAUCUCCUUGCAUCUGGAAUCAACAAGCAGACAGUCAGCACAUACUACAUUGUGAUGGAUAAGAAGCUCAUCCCCUGCCAAGGGACCACAUCACUGGCAGCCAUUGAUGAACUCUUUAAACUUCACUUUGUUUUCAGUGUAAGUUACGAUGAUGCUCUAACAAACAUCUACACUUUCCUGCAGACAACUGUCUAUGGUAUUGAUGUGGAUAGCACAAAGGAAAGUCCAAAAGUGAAGGAGUUAAGAGCAAAGUUCAUGAACAGGAGCUAAGAGAAAAGUUCAUAUCUGGUGAAACUAGCAGGAUAUUGAAAAGUGAACCUUUUUCUGUUUAGCACUUUUUAGUUUAGCUCAACAGUGGGAAGUCUAAUACUGCGACGUAAAAUGCAAGCAUUUGAGAAAUGUAUAGGUGUCACAUUUGUAGAUCCUUGCACAAUGCACCUAAUGCAUUAAUUCAACAUCUUAAAUUUUUUCAUGGGCUAUACCCAGGCAAAAAAUUUGUUGUUAUUUGUGCCCAAGAUGCAUGUUCGUUACAGUUCAAAAGUUUCACAGGUUUUAGAAAACAUUUAAAUAGUUUUCAUAGUAUUGCUAACAUAGGCACAAAUCCUGAUUUUCCAAAGCCACGUCAGUCAGAUGCUAUUGAACAUGUAUCCCAGGAAGGUGUGCCUGACAUGGUUGAAGAGGCACCUUCAACAUCUUUUAUGUCCAAUGAGCAGGCAAAAGACAUGUGUGCUUCAGUGGUGGCAAAGUUACAGGGCAGUGGUGUUUCCAACAAUGUUGUGUUGUCUGUUGUUGAAAGCAUGGAGGACUAUGUCAAUGAGCUUCAUAAAAAACUUAAAGAGCAAGUGAUGAGUGCCGUGCCAUCUGAUAGUCCUUGUAGAAAUGCAGUGGAAGAGGUGUUUAGCAAUGUAUUUAAUCCCUUUAGUGAAUUAAACACAAACUCUAAAUGGACCAAGUAUUUUACAGAAAAAUGGGGUGUUGUUGAACCAGUUGAAAUUA